UCCGGACUCGCCUCCUUCCAGCUCGUGUUGUAUCCUGGAACUUCAGCGACGUGCUACAAACAAACUACUGAGAAAAGCGUAAAAACAUCUUCCAUCCGCAAUGGAUGACCGACAGCUGGACCUCACUCCGGAACAAGAGGCCACCAAAGCAAAAUAUCCGCCCAUCAACAAGAAAUAUGAAUACUUGGAUCACACUGCAGAUGUACAAAUUCACUCAUGGGGGGACUCUUUGGAGGAGGCCUACGAGCAGUGUGCCAUGGGAAUGUUUGGCUACAUGACGGACACAGAGACCGUCAAGCCGCUUAAGACCCUCGAGGUGGAGUCAGAGGGUGAAGACUUGGAGUCGCUUCUCUUCCACUUUCUUGAUGACUGGUUGUACAACUUCAGUGCAGAGCAUUUCUUUAUUCCCAGGGAGGUCAAGGUUUUGAACAUCGACAGAGUGAAUUUCAAGAUCCGCUCCAUUGGGUGGGGUGAAAAAUUCUGUCUGUCAAAGCAUCCACAGGGAACUGAAGUGAAAGCCAUCACAUACUCUGCGAUGCAGAUUCACGACAAAGAAAAACCAGAAAUAUUUGCCAUUGUUGAUAUCUGAUGGUGCCAUCAGAGGCGGCUCUCACUCCUGGUUCAAUGGAACUGAAAAAUCCUUGUGGCCAUUUUAGGUGGCGUUUUUAUCCACGGCACUGAUUGUUGAUUUCUCUGGACUUCCAUGAAUUAUUUACGUACAGUUAUUAAGUAAGGAAAAAGCUUGGACUUUAUGUAUUUUUAGAAAGGAAUAGCAUCAUUGCGGUUUUACCUAUUUUUGCAAAUUAUUAUUUUUAUUUAUGACAAAUCUGAAAUUGUGUCGAUGCCUUAUAAAUAAUAUUGGAUACACAGA